AUGAAGGGUCCUGAUACAUGUUACAGAUUUUUUUGUGUGAACCCUCCCAAAACCCCUGCCCAACCCGCUGAGACACUGGACUCAGGUGAAACUCACCUCGCUCGGAACAGGAUAGGUCGCAACCAGCUCAGUCCCCCUCUCUUCGCUUCAAGCUCAGCCAUGUCCCACAAAUCGCGAUUCCCUCAAGUACCACAGGAAAACUGUUCAAUUCCAGGUUCAAAUCCCAUUCGGAACCCUCUUCAAAUCAAUAAACUGAUGAUGAAUCUUUUUCUCCACAUGUAUACAGGCAGAAUCAAUUGCUAUGAAAAAUCAGCGACUAAUACCAACUCACACACAGCUCCCUCGGUCUCCAGUGAUGCACACCUUCUUCGGGAUGCCGAUGCAGGUAUGUCUUACCUUCUUGCUUUCAUCAGAUCGCCAAAUGCCAUUUUCUUGACUUAUUACUGGUCGAUCCACUGCUUUAAUCAAUUGUGA